AGGAGAAGUGGAAGUAUUCAAGAUGCUUCGGAACGUUUUGGCUCUUCGAAACGUUUCCCAGCGAACAAUAAGUACUGCCUCACGUAGGCAGAUUAAAAAUAGGGUUCCAGAGUACCAGAAACUUUUCCAGGAAGAUAAUGGCCUUCCAGUACACCUCAAAGGUGGAAUAGUAGAUGCACUGCUGUAUCGAACAACCAUGACUCUUUCAGUUUUUGGAACAGUCUACGUCCUUUAUGAGCUCUUCAUGGCUGCUAUGCCCAAGAAAUAGAAAUGACUCCAGUUAACAGGGUGCCUCUUGGAGUAGCUUUGCUCUGUCUCAUUCCAUUACACUCUUCAGGGACCAUCUUUGUCCUUGUCCUACAUGAUUGAUGUGUCUGGGAUCAAUAUUUAUUGAGUUGUACUAUUGAAAACCAGUCAAUAAAACAGUUUUACAUGGCUGUGA